AUGGCCUCUUAUGCUAGCCUCGCUCCUGAGAUUUGGGACAACAUCUGCUCUCGUCUCACUCCACCAACCCUCGCAAAUCUGCGCCUAACAUGUAAAACACUCAGUACAAUCGCUCUACCGUGGAAGCUCAGGACCAUCAGCCUCGAAGCCUUCCUCGACCUAUCAAUCGAAUAUUUCGUUGAUAUCGCCAAAACACCUUCCCUCCGUACACUGGUACGCGAAGUCAUUAUCGAUACCCGCGUGGACCUCGAUUAUGAAUAUUACUGCAACGAGAAAUAUCCCUUUCCCGUGUCCUUCAUGAAAGCCCUGCCGUACCUACGGUACUUUACAAACGUAACGGCGCUGCAUAUCCGGUUUGAGGAGCAUUGUGGGAACCCUGAUCAUGAUCUUGGGUAUGAUAUUGAUGAGACGUACGAGCUGAGGUACAAAGUCCUCGAUACUGUCUUUCACUGCGCCACCGGAAUGUGGACUUUGGAAAAGCAGUUGAAGAUUGACAAAGUGCUUGGGCGAAAGUUUUAUGAUGAGGUUUAUGAUGAGGAUGAUGAUGAGGAUGAUGAUGAGGAUGAUGAUGGGGAUGAUGACGAUGAGGAUGCUGAGAAGCGCCAUUAUAGUGACCAGGAUCUUGACUUCACUGGCGCUUGCUUUCCUUUGAGGGAGUUGACGAUUGCUAAUCUAGCUGACUACUCUGAUUUUCGUCUUGAAGGAUCGGAAGCGUGGAAAACCCUCAUGGCUCUCCCAAGUCUGGUCGAUCUCAAACUUUUUAUCACCACUGAAGAAGACGAUGCUGCACCGGAAAACUCAAUUUAUUUUACCGAGAAAUAUGACUUCUUCGACUCUCUUCCUUCAACCUGGCUAUGCGUCGAUAUGACACAACGCCUGAGGGUUCUGUCACUGUACUUCAAAGACUAUUGGGGCUGGUUUCCCGUUAUGGACUUUCGCGAUUGUGGUGAGGAGUCUCCAUUUCCGCAACUCAAGGUGCUUGCGCUGGGCAACUACGUCUUCACCCAUGAGUGGCAGAUCGAGUGGUUCUCUAAACUCGGAAGUGAGAAUAGUAGUGGAGGUUUGGAAGAGUUGUACUUGGAUGAUUGUCCUAUUCUUCACCAUGCGCGCCAAAAUGAUGUUUGCGAGGGCGGAUAUCCUGAUCGUGCUGCCGUCUCUAACCAGCAGGACUACAAUCCUAGCGAGCAUUACUUCUCCAUUAGAUGGCACAGUCUUCUCUCUCACUGGAAAGAUUCGAUGAAGGGACUCAAGGUAUUCCGCAUGGGCCAUGGGUCAUGGGGACACCAGAGUGAAACGUACACGACCAUCACCGAGGAUCCCGACUACGCUGACCUGGACACCGAUGUGUUACAGUAUCGGCUUUCUCACAACGUACACAAGAGCUUCGCGUUUCCAGCCAAUGAUGCGUAUGUUCAUGUAACUGAUGGCUAUCUGCGUGAACCAGAAAAAUGGCGCCAGGGAGAAGGUCUUGACGACAGGAGGGAAACGAGGCUGACAUACAUUGACUACGACAUUGGAACGGGACCCUCGGCAUGGCUUGAGACGAGAAAGACCACAAGACAGGAGGAUGUCGAGCCAGAGGAGGGGACUGCGAAGAAGGAUGAUGUAGCUUGGGAUGCGAUGAUGACUGCUAUCAAGGCUCGGCGAAGCUUCAGUUGA